GAAAUCGCCGGUGUCACGUGAUCGGCGGGGAUUCGGGAGGAGCGAGUCAGCUGACCUGAGGUGAAGCCCAAGUAGAAGAACAGUUGAGAGCUUCCUAGAUCCUGCUCUGUUGGCGUCGCCAUGGCCAGCCAGUCGCAGGGUAUCCAGCAGCUGCUGCAGGCGGAGAAGCGCGCUGCGGAGAAGGUUUCUGAAGCCCGCAAACGAAAGAACCGGAGACUAAAACAAGCAAAAGAAGAAGCUCAGGCUGAGAUUGAGCAGUAUCGACUGCAGAGGGAGAAAGAAUUUAAAGCCAAAGAAGAUUCGGCUCUUGGCAGCCAUGGCAGUUGCAGCUCUGAAGUAGAGAAGGAAACCUUGCAGAAGAUGUCUAUCCUCCACAACUAUUUCCAGAAGAACAAAGAGGAAGUCCUGGAUAACCUGUUGGUUUUUGUGUGUGACAUCCAUCCAACAAUCCAUGAAAACUACCGCAUAAAUGGAUAGGAUAAAAGAAAUAAGCUCAUUCAAUGGAUAGGUUGGCAGUUCAGUUGCUUUCCUGUAGAAUGUGAAGGUUUAGCUGUGCUGCAAUUCCAUUUUUGUGUAAAGAUUUUAAAUUAUUUCUGUAUAAUAUUUGGUAUGGUACCUCAACAUUUUCAGAGAAUCUAGCUUCAUACAGACUGAAAGCUCAUCCAAAGAGUUAAUAGUCUUAUCUCUAAUUUCAUACUAACUCAUUUAAUGAGUACAACUUUUCUGUGCCUUUUAGUAGGUAAGCAGAAGAAUGCUACACUGCUUCCUAGAUGCUCUUAGUGCUGAAGAAAAUUCCUUAAGAAAGGAGUUUAAAAUUGUAUGAGGCAACUCUGUGUGGUUGUCUCAAAGACUUCGUUAUUUUAAACAUCAAUGAAGCAUUGGGAAUUAAUGGGCAUCCUUAAAUAACCCUAUCUAGAUGAGGUUUAGCAUAAUAUGUUAUUGAUAUAGUCAUUUAGGAUCCUUUGAGCUAUUUUUGAUGAAAUAGAACCAACUGACAACUCAGGUACUUACGGAUACCCUGUUACAUUUACUAUGUGGAUGGUCACUUGAAAGUUAAGACUAUUUAAUAUGUGUUCCUUAGCUUGUAUCUUUUCCUUUGACUCACAUUUAAAAAAAAAAAAAACAAUCCAAAAACCCAGUUGCUCUAUAAUAUGUUGCUUGAAAAAUUAAUAGCCCCCAAAGCAUUUAGAAAAUGUGUGUUGUGGGCACCUUAAGGGGAAAGAAUAGUAAUUUCUCGUAACAUUAAAUAGCACAUGCUAGUCUAUUAGCUUUUUCUCAGGGGUCCCCCCACACUGAUUUUUGAUGUCUUGUUUAAUUCGCAAAGUGAUUUCUAGUGUCCUAGAUGUUUAAAGCCUGUAGCAGCCUCAUGCCAUUUACAGGCAUGUAAGUGUUAAGUAAUUAUGUUUAGAUCACUGAAGAGGAUUCUAUUUAUUGAGCACUCUUUUGCUCAGCAUUGUGUUGGGUAUAGUGAGGCAGGCACUAAUAGUAUAGGUACAAAAGGAGAAGAUACUAGCCAACCCUCAAGGAACUCUUAGUCUCCUCUUUGCUGUUGCUAAGCUUUUUCAUUGAGGGAGAGUGCACUGAAAUUUAUUGAGGUUUCUUAAUGAAAACCUCAUUUCAGUGCUGAUCCAUGCUACUUUUGCUAAGGGAGGUUAUUAGUAGCUGCUUCUGUUACCUUAGUAGCAUUUUCAGAAAUCUCAGGGGUUUUAGAAGUAUCACUGGUACAACUUUAAACUUGGGAUCUCAGAGGUUUAUAAGACUUGCUAACUUUAGAUCUGCCCAUUGUUCCCCCUGGAGAGAACUUCAGUAUAAUCUCUUCCAGCUGUGAUUUUUCUCAAAAGGGCUUUGCUUGUCUUAAAUGAGUGUUUUAGAGAAGUGCCCCUGAGUCAUUUGACAAUAGUUGUACUGUAGUUUUGCCAAUAGGAUAGGGAUAGGGGCUGGACCUCUUGUUCUUAUUAAUAAUUGGGAAUUACUGGUGAAGACACUUCUACAAAUGCAGGUCAGCAUUUGUCUUAAAAUCUAUUUGCCAAUAGUUUUUACCUCCCAAAUAUUUGGCCUGUGAGAAUUGUUUGACCUGUGGAAUAUAGAAGACACCCUCCUAAAAAAAAAAGAAAUAUAAAGGAAAGGCAGUAUAUUCAAUCUGUCUGAGAGCUCCCUACUGCCAUAAUGCUAUACCUCUUUACAUAGUGGCUUUGUUCUUAAGCAGACUUCAGUAUCCAUUAACUUGCCUUCCCAUAGGAUCAAUUUUAGUAAAGAUUACCUCAAAAUUUAGAAAUGAACACUCAUCUGCUACCACCUCUUCCAAACCUUGGAAACUUAAUCUCAUUUGUCAUGUGUUAGGAAAUAAUCAGGUCAAUCAUCUGGUCAUCUUGCAAGACAUUAAACUUGGUUGGGGGUCUAAAUCCUUUUCCAAGGGACAUGGUUGCCUGCCUCUCCCAAUGUCAUAAGCCUUAAUACAGCUAUAUAGCAGGGAAAUUGUCCUGUUCUGCCUAGGACAGGAAAACUUGUCUAUUAUAAACUUUUUUACUCAAGUAUGACUAGGUAGAGGGACUAUCCUGGAGUUUGUGCUUCACUUCUCUGCUCCCAUCCCAAUUCUGCUUCUUACUGGGUGGAAGUCAUUACACUAACCCUUCUGGGUAGAUUAGAUAUGUAUUUUAUAUAUGGAUGAGUUGUAUGGCACUUGCUUUUGGAAUUUUGUAGUGUAGAUAACGCAGUUAUUAGUAUUUCCAGUUGAGGGAAACAGGGCUCAGAAAGGAUAAUUGGGGGGGGGGGGUUAAUCCUUUGCAACAAUCCAAUUUAAUAGGGGGUUACUAACCCUUUUUGUACAGUGCCUGACCUUAACAUCUGUGCAAAAAUAUUAAAAGUAAAUGAUUAAUAAAUGCUUUUUGAACUUAA